AUGAGCAGUCCACUAUGGGAAGACCUAAACCCUUGCAUAUUAUCACAAAUAUUUUCAUGCCUAAGCCUCCAUGAACAGUUAUUUCUUCCUCCUUGUGUAUGUCAUGCAUGGCUCUCAGCAACCUUAGACACCCUCUUCAAAAACUCCGUACUUGACCUACGUUUGAUCGACAAGCUCGACAAAGAACAACAGCUGAGAUUCACCUAUCUUCUCAGAACGGCCAUCAAUAGGUACAAUGGUUGGGUGUCUAUAUAUUUCCCAUCUAAGUAUAUAUUUGGCUAUUUUGCUGCUAUUUUCAUAGCUGAAAAGACGCCUGAUGUUUCAUGUGUUGUUCUGCCUUGUGAUACAAGUUCGAGGGUUUUACCAAUAUAUGUACAGCUCUUACAUUGGAAGAAGCUUAAGGUUUUUCAUGCUCGAUUAUGUCCUGAUAAAGGGUUGCAUAUGCAUGUUAUAUCACAGCUGGCUGACUGCUGCAACAUUGUUGAGCUUGGAUUUCAUGGGAAGACAACUGAGAAAGAAGUGUUGGGUAUUAUAGAAUCCUUACCUAAACUUAGGAUAUUAGACCUUUCUGAGUCUACUCUGUCAAGCAAGGCUUUGCUUAUGGUCUUAGAUGGGAAGUUGAAAUACCUUUGUGAGCUAAAUGUUUUGCAUUCCUUAAUUAAGGAUGCUGAUGGGAAAGAAAUAGUUGCCGAUAAGGAUAGAUUGAGGGAUUUCAAGAAAGAGUUGUUGGAAAAGGCUUUUAAGAGUCUCAAGCUCAUACAUUGCUUAGAAAAUUCUUGUAAGCACUGUGACGACAGGUCUUUGGCUUCAAAUUAG